AAAAAACUGAAGAUUUUCAUAUGAAUGCUAAUACAAAGCACAUGCAAAAAGUCUAAAGAUAAAAAAAAAAAAAUCAGACAAGAUAAAAACUUGUUAAGACAAUCAAUCAUUCAAUUCAAUGUGAAUUGAAAUGGGAGAUAAUGGGUUAUUAUUGGUAGUCUCUGAUUUCUUGCUUUCAUUUAUGUGGGUAUUUUCUACUGUUUUUGUCAAAUAUUUUGUGUUCCAUAUUCUGGGUUUUCAUCAUGAUUUUACAGGAGAAAUUUUUAAACUUUGUUUCUCUUUUAUUAAUAUUUUUUUCUUUGCAUUAUUGGGUAAUUAUUCAAGAGGCGCUACUUAUAAUCCAUUGAAUUUAUUUGCUGAUGCAAUUUCUGGGGAUUUUAAACGGUUUUUGUUCAUUGUUGGUGCACGAAUUCCUGCUCAGGUUCUUGGAGCUAUAUAUGGAGUUAAGUUCCUAACUCACACCUUCCCUCAAAUUAGUCGAGGGCCAAAGCUAAACGUCGACAUCCAUCAAGGCGCAUUGACGGAAGGAAUCCUAACCUUCAUGAUUGUUUUCAUAUCUUUGUCGUUGUCGAGAACCAUUCCUGGAAGUUCGGUGAGGAAGACAUGGAUUUUUAGCCUUUCCAAACUCAUACUUAACAUUCUUGGUUCUGACUUAACUGGCGGAUGCAUGAACCCUGCUUCGGUGAUGGGAUGGGCGUUUGCUCCUGGUGAUUCAAUAACCAAGGAGCAUAUACUUGUCUAUUGGCUUGCUCCGGUAGAGGCAACCUUAUUAGCUGUAUGGAUUUUCACGGUGUUGAUUCCAAACUCAAAAGAGAAGUCGGACAAAAAGACAAAACCAGAUUAGUGUCGAAAAAAAACUCUUUUUCCUUCGUUAGUUGUCUUCGAUUUUGCAUAGUAAUGAAGUUGUUGUGUAAUUUUGCAAGAAAAGUCAUGCCAACCUUUAAUAGUAUGCUUAUUUUCUUUCAAACAAGUAGUUUUCUUAAAUUUCAUUCAUCCAAGCCGUUUGGAAUUGGGGUCGAACACGUAUCAUAUGGUAAUGGACGUCUAUGAAGUAAAACACAAGGGAUAUAUGUUCAUUACCAUGCAAAUGACAUGAGUCGUUUCUUGAAUGUUUAGGCUAUAACUCAUUAUCGUUACUAUAUUUAGUACAAGCUAUCAAUACUUGUCAUAGUUUUGGAGCAUUUAUAGGCUUUAGUACACAAGAUAUAUCUAAUAUACAAGCUAAGGCUCAAACUCAGCUAAAUCAACUGAGCCUGAUUCAGUAGAUGGCAUCAGAUAUGCAACCAAGAUCUCUGAAACCGGUUCAGCUACCAAGGCCAUCCUUUUCAAGUUCUUCACGAAGCCACAUUCAUCACUCUAUGUGUCUGUUCUCAUCUUGGCACCAAUUCUCGAAGUACUUAAAGAUCGGGUAACACUUAUACUCGGGUAACACUGAUACUCGGGUUCUCCCUAAGGUGCCUAUAAAUGGCAACGUACCUUCAGUAACCGAUCUUUUCUGAUAGGGAAGUCCGAAGUCGGGUAAAAGAUGAACUUUGGCUUGAAGAAUGUGUAUAUCCUAGCUUUAUUUAGGAAACCCAAGUGAAGGCCAGAUUGAAAUCUGACAACCCUUUGUUUAAAAACCUGCAUACAGUAAUCAGCUGUCAGAACAAAUUGUGUAUAUUUUAGUCUAUUCUCAUAAUAUUUUAUUACCUUAGUUAUCUUGUAAUAUUAGGGUAAUAUUCUUUUUCCUAGAAUAGCUGUUUUCUUAGUUAAAUCAUAAUCAGUUGUAUAAAUUAGGGCUAUAUUAUUCAUUUAAAGUAAUACAAAACACGGUAUUCAGUCUAAA